AUGCUUCCGCCAGACUUUAAGCGGCGGAACCCGCUCAGGGUGCGACCUUUCCAAGACUUCGAUGACGCCGCCCGACCACCCUCUAAUGCCCGAAACAGACUCCUGGACAUGGUCCAUGAGACUGGAGGGUCUAACCCAACGUGGAGGAGAAAGAAGGUUGAGGAAUACAUCGCCCCUCAAGAAGAUGACGAACAGAAGCCUUCGAAGAGGAAGCGAAAAAACAAGAACAAGAAGACGGCCCUCGAGAGAUUGCAGGCAGGCCAUCAUGGAACCAUUGUGGCAUACGGCAUGGGUAUCGGCAAGACGCUGGUAGCCGUAGGAUUGUACGCCGUCUUGAAGCGAGAUUUCGCCAUGCAUGGGCUUGAUUGGCCUUUGCUUGACAAGACAACUUUGGACGAAGGGCAUGAUGCGCAUGAGUUCGACCCCAGGAUGAGCAUACAGGGAGGAUUCCUGAUCGUUGUUCCAGUCGAUCUCAUUCCCCAAUGGGAGAACGAGCUCCAGGUGCACUUGGAAAACCCUCCAAGUGUCAUUGUAUACCAUGGACACCAGUCGUGGCACCACUCCACUGCGCAUACUGCAGACGAGCUUGCCGCAGUCGAUGUGGUAAUAACAUCCUAUGAGAUGUUACGGUCAGAUUACGAAGAUGCCAUGGCCGCUGCAGCGUCGCACGAAGACUUCUUCAAGACACCGGUUCUCGCACGUUUCCCCACCAUGGUCGUAUACUGGAGGGGCCAAAUCUUGGACGAGGCACAUAAGAUUGCAAACGACAAGACUGGUAUCAACAAGGCUGUGAAUCGCCUUCGAGCGUUGCUGCGCCUGCCACUCACGGGGACGCCGUGCCUCAAUGACCACACGGAUAUCCAGUCCCAGCUGUCGCUGAUCAAGCUCGCGCCCUGCGACGAUCCGAAUUUUUUCGCUUCUCAUUUCCUGUUACAUUCCGCGGCCAACCCGUUCGUAUACCGCACGUUGACGGGCGAACUCAACGGCGUGAUCUCUCUAGUACUUAAGUCAAGCUCUCUCCAGCUAGAUCGUGGAGACGAUUUUGAUGGCGAGACGCCUGCUUCCGAGAUCGAUGUGGAAACCAUUCGACAUGAUCACGAAUUGGACAGCUGGGAGCGACGCGCGCGUGAGGACGUUAAACAACUGUGGCUUGAGACCCCCGAGCCGGGCGAGGGUGGAGCAGCCAUCGAGGGCGACGAUAUUUUCAAGCUCAUCGUCUUCGCCAGACUGGCGGCUGUGUACACCGCAUGCGCGGAAGCGGGUUGCGGAAAGGAUGCGGUUGUCAAGAUCGAUGUUGGGGAGCUCGAAGAUGGUGCGGCUGAAGGCUUGCUCCUAGGCGAGAUUUCGAAAUCUCGUUCAAAGCAGCCGCUUUUCAACAACCUCGGUUACACUCCCAUGCUCCAUUAA